AUGGAGUCUGAUACGGAUCGGCUUUCCGCGAAACAACGCUUGGGCCGAAGUCCUAGUCGAAUGCCCACACAACUCAUUCAACCAACAGGAGAUGACGAAUCUGAUUCUGACGAACCGCUCCUUUCGGGAUCCGGAAAUGUGAGCAAAGAUUGUCCAGAGGAGCUAAUGAAGCAGUGGACAGAAUGCAUAGAACAGUGGAAGAAGAGUGAGGGAGGCGAAAAGCCGGAAAUAGUAUCGUCUCUGAUCCUCAACGGUGUGCCUGACGUUUUACGCGGAGAAGUUUGGAGGCUGCUCGCUAAGGUUCAUCUCGAUCCAGAACUCGUUAAUACCUAUCACUUACUUCUAGGCAAGGAUUGCCCCUCGGAACAAGUCAUAUUGAGGGAUAUUCAUCGGACCUUCCCAGCUCAUGAGAAUUUUAAAGAAGCAGGGGGAGAAGGUCAAGAAUCUUUGUAUAAAAUUAGCAAGGCGUACUCUCUUUACGACGAAGAAGUGUCAUAUUGUCAAGGAUUAUCUUUUCUGGCGGCCAGCCUUCUGCUUCAUGUAAGUAUUUAUUGUAUUAACCUUUACCUUCUUUACUUUAUCAUGUUUUGAUG